CCCAUCCACCAUGCAUAUUGAAGAAACUGUGAUGGUGAUAAUGAUGAUAGUGAUGAUAGUGAUCAUAAUGCUUUUGUUUAAUUGUUUAAUUAAGUGGUGUAGACGAACCAGAUCCAAAACUGCUUUAACGUUACAUUCAAGUAGACCAGAGGCAAGCGCUGAAACAAAUUCAUUACCAUCAGAAAACAGGUGUUCAAGCCAGCCUGCGCAGCAACCAGAUAGUAUCACCAGACUUCUCCCUUCAGCAAACGUUGUGUCGGAAAACAACAGUGUUGGUUCUUCGUCACCAGUUUCUGCUGACCUGUUCAUCAGUGUACCCCAUAACCCAACGCAACAGUCUGUCACGCAUGCAGAGACCCUUCAAGUGGAUAGACUUUCGGUUACAACUCGAAGACGAAUAUGCAGAUACAGUUCUUCUGAUUGGGAGAUCCCAAGAAGACACAAAACAAUUCAGCUGGGCGAGUCUUCCUCAUCUGUUGUCAGAGCAAGCGAAAGUAUUUCGUCACACGCAGUGCCAAAGCUUUCUCUUUCCGCUGCAUCUGAAAAACUACCAGCAAGUGAUAAAAUGGUCUACGUUAAUGGUAGACUGUCGAGACCAUUUCCUAUUCCAGACCUUUGUGGUGGGAUUCUCGAAAGUAGACCCUUGCUAGACAAUGUAGUAUAUAGAUCACAUAUAACCAUGGCGAUCGGUGCUGAAGCGGCGCCAUGCAGACCAGCGAGUACAGCGCCUCCACCAAGGCUGCGUAAAGCACAAAAAUCAAGACUAAAUGAACACUACGUGCGUGACAGCGAGCCAAGUGAAAAAAAGUUGGAUCUCCGAGGACAAUUCUUGGACCCCGCUAUGGUAUUAUUUUAUGAAUUUUAUCAUCGAAUGAAGAAAAUGUACACUCAUGAAGGCUACAAAGAGGAAGACAGGUAUAUCUAUGUUGUGACUGGUUACGGUAAAUACAGCGAGAACGGGAUACCGAAAAUAAAACCAGCAGUUCAGUCAUUCUUGGAUAAAAACAAAGUCAGUAAUUCAGUCAGUUAA